AUGACUAAUAAUGUAUUUGUCACAUGUGUCCGGGCGAGUGACAAAGUGUUUUGGUAUGAAAGUCCGGCCGCUGAUGGUAUGACUGAGGCCUUGCCUAUCGGUAAUGGAAGGAUAGGUGGACUUGUAUAUGGACACCCGGAUAAAGAGAGAAUAAAUAUGAAUGAUAUAACUUUAUGGACGGGCGAUGACAACCCGUCCCAAGACUAUUGGGGCCCCGGUUUUGGCAAUUACCAGACUUUUGGUAAUAUUGUCGUCGAUUUACCCGAUCAUAAAGACAACACAAAUUAUAGGCGAGCGCUGGAUAUCGGGGACGCCGUGUCGACCGUCCAAUACGAAGCGCAUGGCGUUCAAUACAAACGGGAAUACUUUGUGAGUCACGUGUCGGAAGUAUUGGUCGGCCGGUUGACCGCCGACAAGGGAAAGGCAUACACCGGUCGCAUAGAACUGCUGGACAUCCAUAAUGUUACCUCCAAUGCGGUGAACAAUACGAUCGCAGUGGACGGCAAACUAGUGAAUGAUUUGCGCUUUGCGUGGAAAGUGUUGGUUCAAAACACCGGCGGAAGUCUCAAAGUGAACGACGCUGUCAUUGAGUUUAACGGCUGCGACGCCCUGACUCUCAUCGUUAGCGCCGGUACUGACUAUGUCUUCGACGACUCGAAGAAGUUUAAGUCCGGCGAAGACCCGGCUGUUCACGUGAACCAGUGGGUCGGGAAGUCCGCCGAAAAGUCGUACGAUAGCCUGCGGGCGGAACACCUGUCGGACUUCCACGCGUUAUUCAAUAGAGUGAACCUGGAUUUGGGUCAGUCGUCGGCACAACAGACGGCGUUACCGACUGUUAAGCGGAAGGUCGCGGCCGUCACUACAUUUGAUCCGGACUUUGAGGAAAUGUUUUAUCAGUUCGGAAGGUAUCUCAUGAUAUCGUCGUCGCGAAACAGUCUCCCGGCUAACUUACAGGGUCUAUGGAACGACAAUAAUAGCCCGCCCUGGCAUGCGGACUAUCACACCGACUUGAAUAUACAAAUGAACUACUGGCCGGUGGAGACGGCUAACCUUGGUGAAUGUCAUUUGCCCCUGUUCAAUAUGGUUCGGAGUCUAUUGAAUCCGUGGCGCAAACAAACGCGAGCCGCCAAAGGAUUACUGACACCGGAGGGCAAACACUCGUCAAAAGGUGUGGCCACUGCCGGUCAGCACAAUAUAUACGGAGGAAUGGCUUUAUUAUGGGAUGAAUGGGAUAAGACGGAUACCGCGUGGUUUUGGAAAGUGUUCUACGCCAAACUCCUAAUUGGUCAAACGAUCACAUGCAUCAAUUAUGUAACAAGGUAUGCGCAACAUUUUUGGGAACAUUACGCGUUCGGAUUGAAUACUACAUUUCUAAAGGACGUGGCGUAUCCCUACCUGAAAGAGGUGUCCGAGUUCUGGGACGAGCAGCUGAAGGUUGUGACGAACGGCACUAAAGAACAGUUGGGAAAACUGGUGGUCUUUAAGGGGUGGUCGCCAGAGCACGGACCCCAUGAGGACGGUGUUAGCUAUAAUCAAGAGAUUGUAUGGGAUUUGUACACAAAUUACGUGAAAGCGGCGGAUAUUUUGGGAGUCGACAAAGAGUUCAGGGAUCGGAUAUCGGGUCAGAGGGAUAAGCUGUUAUGGCCAGGGAUUGGAUCGUUCGGACAAUUAAUGGAAUGGAUGGAAGAACAACCCGGCGAGAAGGAUGACCAUCACAGACAUACUUCCCAUUUGUUUGGCGUAUACCCGGGACAUCAAUUCAAUUGGGAAACGUCGCCCACUUUGGCUAACGCGUCCCUG